AUGGAGUCACUUAUAGAUAUCGUGGUCAAAACUUCCAAGAACUUAAAGGAUAAACUGAACUUCUUAAAGGAUCAAAAGCAGCAAUAUUUGGAAGUUAAAUCGCAUUUCAUCAAGUAUCAAGAGAGUGCAGCCUCCGCGGAAAAAGGAUUAAUACUGGGAGAAUUCAUUAUAUCGUCAUCCAAGAUUUAUUUAAAUAUUGGGUACGAGUACUAUGUGGAGAAAAGCGAGCAAGAGGCGCUCCAAUUUGUUGGCGAGAAGCUACAACUGAUAGAUCAAGCUAUUGAUCAGUUUGAAGUGAAGUCCAGAGAAGCCAAAGAGACCCUGCGAAACUUGAAACAGGUACAGACAACAGAGGAGCAGAAUGGGAAACCACUUGCGGAUGAUAGCGAUUUAAAUAUACCACCGGCGGAAAAUGACGAAGGACUGCCAUUUAUGGAGAUUAGAGAGGAAUUAGACGAUGAGGGCAAUAUUGUCGCGAGUGCGGUCAGUCCAACGGCGGGCAAUAAAGAAUCGGCCUCAGAGACGCAUUCUCAAAGUCGUAUCGAGGAAAUAAAAGAAGACAGCAAUCAUACGGACAGCGGCAUCGCGGCUACUUCAGAUGCACGAUUCGAUGAAGACUUUGAGACGAAUAUACGCGAGCGCACUUCAGGCAGCUCCCGCCCCAGUGCUAAGGAAGCGGAUUUAAGUGAAGUAUCUGUCAAGGGAAACCCAAGAGCAACUAUUGAUCAUGAGAACAUGUACACUUUUGACGGACUAGUGCGACAACUAGAACUGCAGGAUAGCUUGGAAGACGGCGACCUUGACAAUGAAAACGUCCACUACGACUUCAACUCGUUCCAAUCUUCUAACGACCUUGACGAUGAUGGAGAAGACCUUUAUGAUACCGACGAUGACUACGAUGAGUACGCAGAAUCCGAAAUUCCUUCGAUCGUCCCAGAAGUCGCCAGAAGUCGCUUUAUGGAGCAGUUAAACGAGCUGCGUCGAAAAAAGGAGCGUAGUUUGAGUGUUAAUGAAGGGACACCCGGGGCACCAGAGCCAGAGGCACAGAAGGAGGUCCCGAAACCUGCAAAGAAAGUUGGAUUCGCUCCAGAACUAGACGUAAUAGAGGUGGAAAAUUUGAAAAAGGAAACUAAAGCUAAUACGUUUACGGGAGCUAUAGAACGCGGAACUCAUAUAGCCGCCAACGCGAUCGACGACGAUGGGUUCGAUCCAGAUUUGUUUGCAAAACUCAUAGGCGCUAAAGGUUCUGAUGAAAUUCACGAUAAAUACCAAAGUGCCCAAGAUGUUAAGCGCCAAGAGGAGCCUAUCAAAAGAGGACCACGUGUUUCACGUUUCAAGAAAGAUAGAAGUGCAAAUCGCAGUUCAGAUUCUGUGAAACCAUCGGUGGCUUUGGGCAACGAUUUGAGGGAGAACGACCCUCGCAAUUUUAAGGAAUCCGGUAUUGUUGAUGAUGUUAAAGAAAACACAGUCUUACCGGUAACAACUCCAGAGGGCGUACAAAGUGUUCGUAGUUACCCUUCGGAAGUGCCUCGAGAAGCUACGUCUGGAUUGAACCCUUCUGUUAGUGACGUUACUGAAGUUUUAGCGUCUGUAGAUUUGGAGGGUGAUGCAACUUCCACGCAGUCUUAUGACAAUGCUCCCAAGAAUCAGACUCCGUUCAAAUCAAACCUUCGCUCACUCCAAAAACCGUCAACAAGACGGCAACAAAAAACGCGCAGACCACGCCCUGUUGAUCUUGAAGAAACAGAGAAGACCAAAUCUGAAGACACAGCUACAAAGACCCUGCCCUCAGUUUCUGAGAGCAAGAACUAUCCCUUUGACAAGACGGAUACAGGUUCCUUUCCCGCAGAAGUGAUCGCCCACAUGAAAACUGAUGACCUACCGGAAAACUUUGUUCAAAACCCCAGUGUAGAUUUUAACACCUUGGGCGAAAAUUUAGAUGACAUGGCCCGCGCAUACAUCUUAGGUUUGUACAACGCUGACGUUGAAGAUCCAGGUACUGUCCUUGAGAGUUUGGAUGAUUUUAAAACGUACAACAAAGAAGCAGAGAGCUUGCAGAGUGAAAUAUCUACGUUUCUAAGUCAAAGUCCGACAGAAGAUCCUGCUGAUAGCCCCGUGGAUCAGUCUCAGGAAAUUGAUGACGGGCCAGUAUCUACAGAUUUGAUUGAAAGACAGACAGUUUCGCCUGCCGACUAUGCAGGUGGCGAUGAUCCUGCGCUAAACAGUCAAAACCUACACCACGACGUUGCUGUGGAAUAUCAGCGCUUGCGCCAAAAAUUGAUAGCAUCGCAGGGGACCACUGCACCAACAUCAGAGGAACUGCAAUUGGAACCUAUUGACGAGCAUGGCAAUCCGAUAAAGACGAGCAGGUUUAAGUCGUCCAAGCUGCGUUUUGACCGUCUCUAG